AUGUAUCAUUUACAAUUUGUCCUAAUGCUGGUUUUGCUCAUUUGCAGGAGCAAAGGAUUGAACAUUACCCAGGAGCAGAAGGAUAAAGAUGGUCGCAUUGUUGGCGGUUGGGAGACAACCAUUAAUUAUUUUCCUCAUCAGAUCUCCCUGCAGAUAGGCACACGACAUGCCUGUGGUGGUGCCAUCGUGGCUCCUACACUCGUCCUUACCGCUGCCCAUUGUGUCCUGGAGUACCAUAGACCGGAACAAUAUGUCAUACGAGCAGGAUCCAGCGAAUGGGCCACUGGUGGCAGUUAUAUUCACAUUCGUCGCAUCAUACCACAUUCCCAGUUCCAGGAACCGACACCCAUGAACAAUGACAUUGCCCUGAUUCAAUUAGCGACUCCUCUGGUCUAUAGUGAAAAUAUACAACCCAUUGCUCUGGCCACCAAACAGGAUAAGAUUGCCUUCGCAUCGCAACUCUUUGUCAGUGGUUGGGGAUCGAAGACUCUCACGCAAAUUCAACCAGAGAAGCGUCUACGUUACACGGCCCUAAAGCAACAGGAUCAGACUCAAUGUAAACACAACUAUCAAGGAGCUGGCACUGUCACGCCCACAAUGUUAUGUGCCGGCAGUCCAUUUGGCGGACGAGACAGUUGUCAAGGCGAUUCGGGUGGUCCUUUGAUCACAAGUGUAAAUGGACAACUGAAACUCUUUGGCAUCGUGUCAUGGAGUCUGGGCUGUGCCCAUGCCCUCUAUCCGGGUGUCUAUACAAGAGUGACUGAAUACACGGAUUGGUUGGCCGAAACACUCAACGAGCUCAAUUAGUCUAUAGAAAUACAACUAAUUUUAAGUUUUUAUGUACUAUAGAAAUCUAUGCUAAUGAGUUGGAAUAUUUGUUCGAACGGCUCCUAACUGUAAUUGUCGCCUUAAGAAGACUUCUUUCUGUCUAGAUCUUAAUCUCUUUUAAGGUGAAUUGAUUCUAACUAAAGAGUUUACUUCAUAGACAUCACAUAGAAUAUUAAACUCAUUACAUUUAUUUCAUCUUUUAAAGCCUUUAAACAAAAUUCUGUAAAGAAAAUAAAAGGAAGCGAAUGCUCAAAUAUGACUUUUAAGUCAAAUUCA